AUGGGUGAUAAUCGCGUCUUCGCUGUCACCGUGUUUUUCAUUUGCUUUCGAGAAUGUCUUGAAACGACAGUGGUAGUAUCUGUUCUGCUGGCUUUUCUGAAACAGUCACUUUACGAACAAGAUCGACCGACAUACAAAAAAUUGGUGAAACAGGUCUGGUUAGGAUGCGGUCUUGGUUUAUUCAUUUGUCUUGCUGUCGGCGCAGGCAUGAUUGGUGCUUUCUAUGGCCUCGGAACAGACACUUUCUCCAGCACAGAGGAUAUCUGGGAGGGUGUUUUGGGGAUUAUCGCUUCUAUUAUCAUUACGAUCAUGGGCGCUGCUCUCCUGCGCGUGUCCAAGCUUCAAGAUAAAUGGCGGAUCAAGCUCGCCAAAGCUCUCGAGCCCCAGAACAAUCCCAACGAGACAAAGAGAGCUCGUGUGAAGAGAUGGCUCGAGAAAUAUGUGAUGUUUACUUUGCCAUUCAUCACAGUUCUUCGUGAGGGUCUUGAAGCGGUCGUUUAUGUUGGUGGUGUUGGAUUGGGGCUUCCCGCAACUUCGUUUCCUUUGGCUGUCGUCUGUGGUCUUCUAGCAGGCGUCGCCGUUGGUUAUAUUAUUUAUCGAGGUGGCAGAGAAACUUCGAUGCAAAUCUUCCUGAUUAUCUCAACCUGCUUCCUCUACCUUGUUGCCGGAGGGCUAUUCUCACGUGGUGUCUGGUACCUCGAAAACAAUACAUGGAACCAUAUCAUUGGAGGAGACGCCUCGGAAACUGGCUCUGGUGCUGGGUCCUAUGAUAUUCGAAAGAGCGUUUGGCACGUGAACUGCUGCAAUCCAGAGCUAGGAGGUGGUGGCGGUUGGGGUAUUUUCAACGCGCUUCUUGGCUGGACAAAUUCUGCUGACUACGGUUCUGUGAUCUCGUACAAUCUGUACUGGAUCUGUGUGAUGAUUGGUUAUGGGCUCAUGUUCUAUCGCGAGAAGCGUGGUGCAAUUCCCAUACUUGACCCGGCAAUGCAGCGUGUCGAGCGAACAAAGGGCAAGGCGAAAGCUUUCGUUCUUCGACGUCCCUACGACGACCCAGUGGUUACAGAGGAAAGUACUACCAGCACCCCGGCAAAGCAGGCAGAUACUAGCCUUCUGGCCAUUUAG